AUGACUAUUCUGUUUGACAAUGCCAACGGCGGGGAUGAUGGUCCAGACGCAGGUGUAGCGGUGGAUAAGAGAACUCGACCGCCGAUAGACUCAGAAGUGCUCGACAUGGCCAUACUUGAACAAAUGAAGGCCUGGAACCCCCGGGCCCCAGAAGCAUGCGACUGUCUUGUACACGAACUGGUCCAGCAACGUUGCGCGGAGCGACCAGAGACACCAGCCGUCUGUGCCUGGAACGGUGACCUGACUUAUCUGGGACUAAACACUGCAGCUACUUCUGUGGCGGAGGUUCUGGUGUCUCAGGGGGACAUUGGCCCGGAGAAGGUUGUCCCACUUUAUUUUGAAAAGUCUCGAUGGGUUGUGGUGGCGAUUCUAGCAGCAUUGAAGGCAGGGGCAGCCUUCGUGCUUUUGGACCCAGCACACCCUAUAAAACGGCUGAAGGAGAUCUGCAUGUCUGUUGGAGCAGGGAUCAUAAUAACUUCCCCGAAGCACGCUGAACAUGCCUCAAAGCUUGUCUCCAAUAUCCUGGUGGUUGAUGAGAACGCGGUCAACUGGGAAGCUCCUCCAAUGGCCCGUUCUCUCGUGCAAGUGGCUGAACCGAAACCCGAGAAUGCAGCAUACGUUGCCAUGACCUCUGGCAGCACAGGAACGCCCAAGGCGGUUGUAAAUACACAUCGAUCGUUCUGCACGGCUGCCUUGGGCCACGGAGCACUUCAGGGCCUGAGUUCGUCCUCCCGAGUGCUGCAGUUCGCAUCCUAUGCCUUCACAACAUCAAUAAGGGAGAUCCUAACUACUUUGAUCUUUGGCGCCACCAUAUGUAUCCCAUCCGAAGACGACCGCAGGGAAAGCCUUGGUGACACUGUCGAAAAGCUGCGAGUGAACUGGGCAAGCCUCUCCCCGUCGGUUGCCCGAACCCUGGAACCGGACGAAGUACCAGGGCUAGAGACAUUGUUGCUCGCCGGGGAGGCCCCGACUAAUCAUGAUCUGCGCAAGUGGUCACCGUAUGUAAAGCUAUUCUGCUGCUACGGGCAAACUGAGUGCGGUGCGACCUCCUCAGUCUACGCAGUUAGUCGCCUAGAUGGUCGUCCCCGAACCAUUGGCAGGGGAACUUCCGGAGCGUUAAUCUGGAUUGUGGACCCCGAAGACCCUGAGAGGCUUGCACCUGUUGGAAGUGUGGGUGAGCUGCUGGUUCAUGGCCCUGUGGUCGCUCGGGGCUACCUUGGGGGUCAGACGAAGACGGCACAAAAGUUUAUAGACGCCCCCAGUUGGAUGGAAAUGGUUCUCCCAGCAUCAAGGUCGAGUGAGAGAUUGUUCCGCACAGGGGACUUGGGUCGAUAUCGGGGAGAUGGCCUUAUCGAGUACGUCGCUCGCAAGGAUACACAGGUGAAGCUACAUGGUCAGCGACUGGAGGUAGAAGAGGUCGAGCAUCAUUUGUGUCAAUGCCUUGACCAAUCUCAGGACGUUGCGGUAGACGUGAUAACACCUGUAGAUGACAGCGAAUCGUCUUGCUUGGUGGCCUUCAUUGCCUGCAGCUCCCAACGCAAUGAGCCAGAGCCAUGGCUUAUGGCUCCGACGGAUGAGUUCCGGUCAAUGGCUGAGGCAGCAAAGGCCCAGUUGCAACAACAGCUGCCACUAUACAUGGUUCCAACGUGCUUUCUUUCUGUCCGAUCACUCCCGCUGGCAGCCAGUGGGAAGCUGAACCGCCGCUAUCUACGAGAGCAUGGAAACGCCAUGACGCACCGGGAGCUCCAAUCCCACGAGUAUAGGGCAAUGACGACAACUGACGGCCCGACAACAGAGAUGGAGAAAACCGUCCAGAACCUAUGGGCCCAAAUUCUGCAUCUUCCGGUGGACACAAUCGGAGUGUGCGAUAAUUUUUGGAGCCUUGGGGGGAAUUCGAUUCGGGCGAUGAAGCUGGCGGGUUUGGCCCGGAGGCACGGACUGAGUAUCCAGGCCGGGGACUUUUGGGCGCAGCCCACCAUGAGGGAGAUGGCUAGGAGAGUAGCAUCCUAUGAUGGAUUGGACAUCGGAUUGGCUCCAUUCUCGCUCCUUGAUGGAGGACAAUCGCAACGGGAAAGCCUUCUACACUCGGUGCGGCAGCAAUGUGGCAUGGAGGAAAGCCAGGUGGACGAUAUCUACCCCUGCACCGCAUUGCAGGCAGGACUCAUCGCCCUCUCAGGGAAGCGCCCUGGAGCUUAUACGCUUGCGUAUGAAUAUGAACUUCCUGCUGAUAUUGAUAUCGGCCGGCUGCAGGCUGCCUGGGCUGCCACCAUCAAAGCCAACCCCAUUCUUCGCACCCGCAUUGUCCUAGGCUCCGAUGGGAAGCUAUACCAGGUUGUUUUGCGAGAGCACGACAUUCCCUGGGACACCCGGAGGUCGGGUCAAGCAAUUCCAUCAGCCUGGCAGGAUUGGCAACUGGGUCAGAGACUCAUACGACUGGCUCUCAGUCCGGGCGAGCAGCCAGCGUCCUUGACAUUGCUCCUCCAUCACACCAUCACUGACGGAUGGGCAAUAUCGCUCCUUCUGGAGCAGGUUCAAUCCGCGUAUAGCGGUUCGGUAUUGCGUCCACAACCGUUCAAUGGGUUCAUCCAUUAUCUUGUUCGACGAGCACAGAUGGAUCACUUUGACGGAUUCUGGAAACAGCGUCUCUCGGCGCUCCAAGCCUGUUCGUUUCCUGAACUUCCAUCUCCCAACUAUGAUCCAAUUCCCUCGGCGACGGAAGAAAGGGUCAUUCCCCUCGACACAACAGCCAGAAGUGAAAGGCAAUCCCUUGCAGCUCGCCUCCAGCUUUCAUGGGCUGCCGUUGUCGCGACCUACACCGACAGUCCGGAUGUUGUCUUUGGCAUCACAGUAUCUGGCCGGGGUGCUCCGGUGGUUGGCGUCGAAGACAUGACUGGGCCCACGAUUGCAACGCUUCCGUUCAGGCUUGUUCUAAGCCCAACGGAAACAGUCAAAGCAGCAAUUAAUCGAGUGCAAGCCCAAUCCGCUGAGACCAUCCCCUUUGAGCAGGCUGGUCUACAACGUAUUAACCGCCUUGGAUCCGAUGCUGCCGCUGCGUGUCGAUUCCAAAGCUUACUUGUCAUUCAGCCAACGCGAGAGAAGUCUCCAGCCAUCUUUGCCAACCGGAGUGCUACUCUCCUGCCAUAUGCUACCAGUUCAUAUGCGAUCACAUUGAACUGUUGGCUGAACCCGAGUCACCUUACGGUUAUUGCAACCUUCGACCCGAAUGUGAUCAGCCAGAUACAAGUACAGCGCAUGUUGAAUCAGAUGCGCCAUGCGUUCCAGCAGAUUACACCCUCUUCAAACCAGCCGUGGGGCAACGUUGACCUGCUGAGCCCAGAUGAUGUGACACAGCUGCAUACAUGGAAUCCGAAGCUCUCUAUGACGGACGAGCAGUGUGCUCAUGAGGUGAUCCAGGACAAAGCUCUGGCUCAGCCUCAUGCACCGGCAGUGUGCGCUUGGGAUGGGGGGUUUUCAUACCAGGAACUCGAUAGUCAUGCAUCCAGACUGGCCUACACAUUGAUGGCCCGUGGCGUCGGUCCCGAGAGCUUGGUCCCGUUGUAUUUCGAAAAGACUCGCUGGAUCCUUGUUGCCAUCCUUGGGGUGCUGAAAGCCGGAGGCGCCUUCGUUCUGAUGGAUACAGCUCACCCAUUAGAGCGACUGCGGAAUAUCUGCACGGAUGCCGAAGCCCACUUGGUGCUUACCUCCCCAGCCAGACAAGGGAAAGCGACUUCCCUGGGGCCUGCAACCCUAGUGAUUGGGGACCAGCAGGCGGACUGGAUGGCCGAAAACUACUCUGGCGUCCCAAAUGGAAAGAUUACACCGGAUACCGCCAUGUACGCUGUGUUCACAUCUGGCAGUACUGGCAAGCCCAAAUGCGUGGUGAUUGAGCACCGGAACUUCAUGGCCAGUGUGAAUGAUAAGAUUGCCGCGUAUGGCGUGAGCUCCAAGUCUCGUGUCUUACAGUUCUGCUCUUACGCCUUCGACGUGGCUACAUUCGAACUGCUGAUUACUUUGCUGGCGGGCGCAUGUAUAUGCAUUCCGUCUGAGGACGAGCAGCGCGACCAGCUUGGUCCGGUCACAACAAUGAGACAAGCAACCAUUGCCUAUAUGACGCCGACCCUGGCGCGAGCCCUGGACCCGAAAGACUUCCCCACGCUUCAGACCCUGGUUCUCGGGGGUGAGCCAGUGUCUCGGGAAGAACUGCGCCGGUGGAGAAAGAAAGACCUACGCGUUAGCUAUGGGCCAGCUGAAUGUACUGUAACAUCAAGCAGUGGCCGGCUGUCAGCAGAGGGAACUGGAGUUGGAUAUAUUGGAUUCCCUCUUGGCUGUCGGUUUUGGAUUACAGAUUCAGAAGACCCAGAGCGUCUCUUACCAGUAGGUGCGACUGGAGAACUGCUGAUUGAAGGACCCCGCGUGGGCCGGGGAUAUUUAAAUGCGCCAGAUACAAUCGCCAGGGCUUUUAUGAACCCACCGACAUGGUUGAAGGCAUUGCAUGCACGUUGCCAUGUAGUGUACAGAACCGGGGAUUUAGUACGGUACAACGGUGACGGGUCAUUAACUUAUGUUGGCCGCAAAGACCGCCAGGUCAAGAUCCGUGGCCAGCGUAUAGAACUGGGGGAGAUUGAGUAUCAUGCUCGCCAGGCCUUUCCGAGCAUCCAAGACGUCGUGGCUGAGGUGAUCUGCCUGGAACGGGGACAUCGCUCGCCAUCGGUGGUGGUCUUUAUAUUGCUUGAUAGACAACACUCGUCAAUCCAAGAAGACCUCAUCGUGCCAUCCGCCGACGAAGACUUUCUGGGCUGCAUUGAUACCCUGCGACCGCAGCUUGAAAACAUCCUUCCGGCGUCCAUGGUUCCACAGAAAUUUAUCCCAAUCACAAGGGUUCCUCUAUCAACAAACGGAAAGCUGGACCGUCUAACGUUGAGAGAACAUGCAUCGCGUUUGUCGCGGGAGGAUCUUGCAAAAUACAGCCCAGGAGGGACAAUCAAGCGCCAACCGGUUACUGAUUCCCAAAGAGCACUUCAGACCGUGUUUGCACAGAUCCUGUCUGUACCUGUGGAUGCGAUAGGUAUUGACGAUCACUUCUUCCGCCUCGGGGGGGAUUCUAUAUCAGCCAUGCAGCUAGCGAGCGUUGCCCUGGAAGUGGGAUACAGAGUUUCUGGUAGUGAUAUCUUUCUGUAUCCAACAGUAAAGGGCCUGGCGGAGCGCGCCAUUUCAGACGAAAAUACCUGGAGUGACGAAGGAGAGAUUCCCCCGUUUUCUCUGAUCCCGGUCGACCUGGAGGCCAAGGCGCUGAUCCUGAGUGCUGCGUCACAGUGUGAGCUAGCACCGGACCAGAUCGAAGAUAUCUACCCAUGCACAGCUAUUCAAGAAGGAGUGACAGCGCUUGCUACACGCAGUUCAGGCAGCUACGUGGCUUCAGUUGUCUAUGAUGUCAAGGACGAGGCUGAUAUGUCCCGGUUGCAGGCCGCAUUCGACUCGGUUGUCAGAGCCAGUUGCAUCAUGCGCACGCGGAUUACCUACGUGGCCAACCGGCCAUUCCAGGUAGUUGUGCGCGAACAGAUCCCGUGGAAUGUAUACCAGAGUCGCGAGGAGUAUGAGGCGAGUCAGACACCCGCUAUGGGCCCAAACAAGCGACUGGUAUAUCCCGCAUUGGUAGGGAGCCCAGGUGGAGAGGGAGAGUGCGCUCUCAUCCUCACCAUCCACCAUGCUCUGUAUGAUGGUCACUCUCUUUCCUUGUUUUGGCAGCAAGUCGAGUCUGCAUAUCGUUCCCUGCCUCUCCGGAUAACCCCGUUUAACCGGUUUUUGAAACACACGCUUCGCCCCAACCACAGCGACGAGUUCUGGAGGGCCCAGUUCGAAAACCUGGAGGCCCCCGUGUUUCCUGCCCUUCCUUGGCCUGGAUAUGUUCCCCGGCCGGAUGCGACAUUCUCCUGGCGGAUUGCAGCUCCGUCGGUGGUGGGAUCGGAACACACCAUCGCCACGAUGGUCCGCUUGGCGUGGGCAAUUCUUCAAGCGUACUACACAGACUCGACCGAUGUAUUGUAUGGAGUCACCGCAAAUGGGCGCACGGCAGCACUAGCCGGGAUUGAGCAGAUGAAUGGGCCGACAGUGUGUACAUUCCCCUUGCGCGUGGGGGUCGACGAGAACGCCACGAUCAGUACCGUGCUAUCACGGCUGCAGUUACAAGCCGCCUCCAUUAUGCAGCAUGAACAAACCGGGCUGCAGUAUAUUCAAAAGUGCAGCGACAACGCAGCGAGGGCUUGCGCCUUUCAGACCCACCUUGCCAUUCAGUCCUCGUCCGAAGGGGUGGACAAUCAGCUUCUACGUCAGAGGAAGAGGUGGAACUGGCGUAUGUUUGCAAGCUACGGUCUCGUCAUUGUGUGUGAUCUCAAUCUCGGCGGUGAUCGGGGUGUCAUUGAUUGCACUGUAUAUCAUGAUCCUGCUCAGGUGGCGGACGGUCAAGCCCGCCAGAUGAUGCCGCAGUUUGAGCACAUCCUGCAUCAUAUUGCCAGCCACCCCACGCAGUCUAUCAGGGAUAUUCCAGGGGUCGGUCCACAGGACAGGAAGCGAUUGGCACUGUGGAAUAGCGCAUUGCCGUCUCCAUCCACAGCAUUGGUGUAUGCAUCAUUCCUGAGUUACGCCCAAAGUGACCCUUCUGCAGCUGCCGUAUCGGCAUGGGAUGGCGAAUUGACAUACGGGGAAUUGGCGUCCCAGUCCCUGCAAGCCUCUGAAUCUCUUAGUCAGUGGGGGGUGGGCAGCGGAAAGAUUGUUCCAGUGUGCUUUGAGAAAUCUAAAUGGGCCGUGGUGGCGAUGCUUGCUGUCCUCCGUGCCGGUGCAGCUGUGGCCUUGAUUGACCCCAGACACCCCAGUGGCCGGAUACAGCAGAUACUGCAGCAAUUGGAGCCUUGCGUGAUUCUCGCUGGUGCCAGUACACAAUCCAUCUUUGCUGACAAUAGCACCACGGUAUUAACGCCCCCGUUCACAAGCCUCCCGAGACAUAUGCAUACAACGUCGAAGCACUCGAGUGUUAAUGAACCUCGUAUUACCCCAGAGAACCAUGCAUUUAUUCUGUUCACGUCCGGCUCCACCGGCGAGCCGAAAGGCAUUAUCAUGGAGCAUCGACAUCUCGCUACAGGGAUCGACCAUCACGGCCCUAAGAUGAGGAUACACAAAGGUGCUCGGGCGCUUCAUUUCUCAUCGUACGCCUUUGACCUCAGUCUAUGUGAGAUCUUUACGGUUCUUAGCAGUGGGGCCUGCAUCUGUGUCCCCUCUGAGCAUGAUCGACUGAAUCAGAUCGAGAGGUUUGUUCAGAAACAUCGAGUAAACUGGAUGAUCCUCUCCCCAUCGGUGAUUCGGACCCUGGACCCAGAUCAGCUUCCCCGGGUAGAAACCAUUGUGCUGGCCGGAGAGACAGUCAGCCAAGAUAUUGUGUCACAUUGGGCUUCACGAGUAACGUUAAUUAACGCCUAUGGCCCCGCGGAGACGACCAUUGCGGUGGCUGCUGGCGAGCUCUGCGCCGAUGACUGGGAGCCAGGCACCAUCGGGCCCAUGAUGGGAGCUGCAGGAUGGAUCACAGUGCCGUCGGAUCCCAGUCGCCUGGUGCCCAUCGGUGCGGUUGGAGAACUCGUAGUUGAAGGACCUGUGGUAACCAGAGGCUAUCUUGGCCGACCUGACCAGACCGCAGCUGCAUAUAUAGACCCGCCUCCAUGGCUGCUCGAAUUCCGUGGCGGAAGCCCUGGGCGUGUGUAUCGUACAGGGGAUCUGGUGCGAUAUACCCCAGACGGACAUAUCUGCUUCCUCGGGCGUAAAGAUACUCUGGUUAAGCUUCAUGGGCAGCGGAUCGAGCUGGCAGAGGUCGAAUACCAUGCACGCCGCUGCUUUGAGGGCCGAGAUGUGAUCGCAGAGACCUUGCCUACUCCCGGGAGCAACGAACAGUUUCAUGCUACUCUGAUAGUCUUUGUGGUUGAUGAGAUGGCGAGGUCUGAUGAGCUCCUGUGUUUACCAUCAACGACGUUUCUCGGUCUCUCUCGCCUCGCUGAGGCGCAGCUCGCGGAGCUUCUUCCCCCUUAUAUGGUCCCCUCUACAUUUAUCCCAAUAAGCCAUUUGCCCUUGACUAUGAGUGGCAAGACCGAUCGAAGCCGGGUUCGACGGGCUGCAACGCUGCUGUCAUUCGAUCAGAUGAAAGCGUACAGUACGGUGACCCCUGGCCUGCACAGGAUACCCUCCACCGAGACCGAGGAGGCGUUGCGCACGGUUUGGGCCAGUGUUCUCAAGAAGGACCCAGACGUGAUUGGGGUGGACGACAGUUUCUUCCGGUUGGGGGGAGACUCCAUCACUGCGAUGCUGGUGGUCUCACAGGGCCAGUCUGCUGGGUUGACUAUCACCGUCGAGGAUAUAUUUGAGCAGAAGACCAUCUCCCGGCUGUGCGCCGGUCGACCGGGGCUGGAUCGAGAGGGACAUACUCAGCCACUGAAGAAGGUGCUUGAAAAUAUGGACCAGCUUCCGCCGGGUCUCGUAGCAUCUUUGACUGAAAGCGGACUGACCGUGGCUGCGGCGUAUCCCUGCAGUCCUAUCCAGCAAGGGAUCGCUUUGUCUCAGGCGAAGAAGCCAGGACUCUACAUGCCGCGCUUCUCUUCCAUGGUCUUUGCCAAAGGCCACCAAGGGGUAGUCGAUGUUGCCCGGCUUAUGGGGGCGUGGCAGCAGGUAGUGCGCCGGCAUCCCCUUCUUCGAAGCAUUCUGGUUGAAGCCAAUGGUUCCAUGAUCCAGGUAGUCCUGGAUGGGCACGAGCCAGACGUGGCCCUUGUCGAGGCGAAUUCCACGGAUGUGAUGGCCACGUUGGCGCGGUGCCCGCCUGUGCCCCCUGCUGUAUUCCGCCCAUCGCAUCGCUUGACCAUUUGUCGUAACGCGACAGGGGAGACCGCGUUUCUGCUGGAGGCGAGUCACGUCCUUCUGGAUGGCAUCUCUGAGCGGAUACUCCGCCGGGACUUGCAGCUCGCCUACGAUGGGGGGUUGGAUCUGCAGCCGGUCCAUGUAUAUCAAGAAUACGUAUCCUUUAUCAUGGGCCACAAUAGGGCUGAUGCACAGGCGUACUGGGAGACGUACCUUGCCGGCGUAACACCGUGCCUCUUUCCAUCACUUACCAGGUGUCCGGAGGACGGGGUCAGACGCUUGAGUAUCUCAUUGCCUCGCACUCGAGAGCUCGCCCUGUUUUGCCAAGCGCAGGAUAUCACGGUGGCGACGGUCUUCCAAGUCGCAUGGGCCAUGGUGGUCCGGAUCUAUACAGGCUCUGAGGAUGUCUGCUUCGGCUAUCUCACAGCGGGUAGAGACGUGCCAAUCCAUGGGAUCAACAAUGCAGUGGGUGCCUUUAUCAAUAUGCUCGUGUGCCGCGUUGUGUUUGGCCCAGACACCACCCUGGCCGGCCUUCUCCAGACACGACAAGGAGACUUUGCACGGUGUCUGCGAUUCCAGCACCUGUCACUGGCAGAGAUAAGCCACCUGGUUGAUAAGCAGCAAAGGUCACCGUUGUUUAAUUCGUUUGUAUCCAUUCAGACAGAAGACUUCACUGGCCCAGCCCAUGAGCAGUCUACAUUGUCAUUCGGGGACACUCAUGUCUCAGGUCCCACGGAAUACAACGUAUCGUUGCACGUCACCACCGGGUCGGACGGUAUACGCAUUGGUUUCAACAGUGAUCGCGCCGUGUUGAAUGACUACCAAGCCAACGAAGUACUCACCAUAAUUCUCGACUGGAAUGAGAAGGCCCUCCCAGCUCUCGGUGCACCAUCGGCGACAACCACGGUCCAUGAUGCCAUCCAGCAGAUAUCCUUACGCCAACCAAGCCUGCCAGCCGUUUGUGCCUGGGACGGUGACUUCUCGUAUGCGGAGAUAGAUGAUCUGAGUACACUUCUGGCGGAGCCACUCAUACAUCGGGGAGUUGGCCGUGGCGAUUUUGUUGCUAUUUGCUUUGAAAAGUCGCGCUGGACAAUAAUUGCGAUGUUAGGUGUGCUCAAGGCUGGCGGUGGCCUUAUAUUGCUUGACCCAUCUCAGCCACUGCAGCGGCUUCAACAGAUGUGCAAGACCUCCCAGGUCGCCUUAGUGGUCUCCUCCGAGUCAACCGCCGGCAUCUCCGCUCUUCUGGGGCCCCCUAUAGUCACUCUAGGGGACCAGUCGAGACCAUGGAAUGAACCCAAGGGCUCCAUGUUACAAAAGCAGCAUCCCAACCCCCCUCUGCCGUCUGAUGCUCCUCUUUACGCUGUCUUCACUUCAGGAAGCACAGGGGCCCCGAAAGGGGCUGUUAUCGAGCAGCAAGGGUUCUUGACAAAUGCCAAUGCGCUAAUCACUGCUCAUGGACUAACUCCUUCCUCGAGGGUGUUGCAGUUCGCGUCCUAUGCCUGGGACAUGAGCCUGUUUGAGCUGUUCAUCACGCUUCUCUGUGGGGGGUGCAUUUGCGUUCCAUCUGAGCACGAACGACUCCAAUCCCUGUCUCAAGCGGUGUCCCAAAUGAGGGCUAAUGUAUUUAUUAUAACCCCAACCUUGGCCCGAACCUUGGACCCAAAGCAGUUCCUUACCAUUGAAUCGGUUAUAAUGAUAGGGGAACGAGUCCUGGCCAAAGAUGUGUCCAUGUGGCAAGAUCAAAAAGUCAUGAUUGCAUACGGGCCAGCGGAAUGCACCAUGAUAUCAAGUAUGGUCCGGUGUGAAGGCCGCCAGAACUGGGAAGCUUAUAUCGGCUCACCCCUGGGAUGUCGCUUUUGGGUGGUGGAUCCCAGUAAUCACCACACCCUGUUACCGAUCGGGGCAGUGGGUGAGCUGUUGAUCGAAGGGCCUAAUGUGUGUCGGGGUUAUUUGCGUGAUCCUGAGCGAACAUCCGAGGUGUUCCUUCGUGAGCGCCCACUGUGUCUACAAGAGAUUGCCGGCAGUGGGACGUACACGGUGUACAAAACAGGCGACCAUGUUCGGUACCUGGACGAUGGAAACCUGGUUUAUAUCACCCGCAAGGACACCCAAGUCAAGGUCCAUGGCCAGCGGUUUGAGCUCGGGGAUGUGGAGUAUCACAUCCGACAGGUGGCUGGGGGAUAUCCUGAUGUUGUGGUGGAAGUCGUUGGACAGGACCUGAUUGCCUUUUUCAGUCCAUGCGGGGAUCAUGGACAGGAAUCACCUUCUGGCCUGUUCGACUCGCCAACCACCGAGUUCCAGUGCCAGGCAGAGGCUCUUAAAGACCGCCUCUGUGACGUACUGCCAUCCUACAUGGUGCCGACACUCUUCGUGCCGCUGCGCCGCCUGCCGCUCAACGCGAGUGGGAAGAUCGAUCGCCGGACUUUACGCAAUGAAGCUGCAUCGCUGCGUAGGGGUGAGCUACGGGCUUAUGUGGCAUCUCGAACAGCCAGGGUCUCACCGUCGACGGACAACGAGGCGAUGCUUUGCAAGAUCUGGGCUGAGGUCAUUGGCAUUCCAUCAGAGGCGCUGGGCAUCGAUGAUCACUUCUUCCGCGUCGGAGGACACUCGAUCCUGGCCAUGAAAGUCAUGUCAAUGGUCGAGGAGAGGGGCAGGCAUAUAACCAUGGCGGAUAUCUUCAACAACCCGCUCCUCCGUGACAUGGCAUCCAAGCUCACUGGCACGUCUGCCGGAAACACACAGGAAGUGAGUGGCACAUCUGCGCCAUUCAGCCUCUUGGACUGCACAGACCCCUGCGCAAUGAUUCAACAAGCUGCGGAGAUAUGCGAUGUGUCUAUCCAGGAUAUCGACGACAUAUACCCGUGUACUGCAUUGCAGGAAGGACUCAUGGCAUUGUCAGUGAAAACCCCCGGUCAUUAUGUCUCUUCCAGAGAGUUCCGUCUUAAGGAAAAUGUGGACCCCCAGCGUUUCAUGGCAGCGUGGGAUACCGCAGUGACUGCGAAUGCAAUUCUAAGGACACGAAUAGUCCAGUUGGGAGAUGGUGGAACUUAUCAAGUGGUUGUGAGGCACUCCUCGCCGUGGCGUUAUGUAGAAAGCAGCGAGACAGCGGUUGACAAGCAUAUUACGAUGAUGACGCCUGGACGCCCACUUAUGUUAUGCUCACUCCGUGAUAUCAACGGCUCGGAUCCCAGGUUCACUUUGACCAUCCACCAUGCCCUCUACGACGCAUGGUCGAUGUCGAUCUUGUGGGAUCAAGUCCAGCAGGCAUAUAAUGGCCACCAUAUUGCUUCCGUGUCCUACAAACACUUUCUUGACCACAUCGGGCGUCACCAUGAGGAGGCAAAGGUCUUUUGGAGACAACGGCUUUCUGGGUUAGAAGCCCUCCCCUUCCCCAUCCUCUGUUCUCCGGGAUCUUUGCCCAGGCCAAAUUCCUCGCUGGUGCAUGCAGUUCCAUGCAGUGGCUACGACAAAGGCGACCACACGAUGUCAACCAUCAUUCAGCUAGCAUGGUCCCUCGUCAUAUCACACCACACCGGCUCACACGAUGUGGUGUUCGGCCUGACCCUCGACGGCCGGCGUGCAUCUGUCUCUGGGAUUCAACGAAUAACCGGUCCAACCAUCACAACUGUUCCCUUACGAGUACAGCUGAAGCCCCAGGAGACUGUGGGGCAAUCGUUAGUGUCCCUGCAACACGGGAUAACAGCCAUGAUUCCAUUUGAACAGCUUGGAUUGCAGACAAUCCGAAAGCUCGGCGGAGAACCGGCAUCUGCGUGUGAUUUCCAGUUCCAACUCAUCAUUCAACCUGCGUCCCGCACCGAAGGAGAAAAUACUCUGGUUACGGGUGGGAAAAGGACACAUAACGACUCCUACGCAUUUUCCAGCUACGCUUUAGUUGCCAUAUGCUAUUUGGAUGACCCCCUCCCAGGGGAUAUCACCGUCCAUUUGAAGUAUGAUGAGAAGCUGCUUGCACCAAUAUCGGUCCAACGCCUCGCAAACCAAUUCCACCAUAUGAUUGCCCAAGUUUGCCAGGGUCAAGGUUUGCAAUUGGCUAGCUUGGACGUGCUUAAUGAACAGGACACAGCUGAACUAGUGGAGUGGAAUUCCUACCUACCCAAAUCAUGCAAUAUCUGCCUACAUGAACUGAUCCUGGCCCAGUCGGUGGAACACCCCAAUGCGACUGCCAUUGAUGCAUGGGACGGGAGUUUCACAUACAAGGAGCUUAGUGAACAAGCGCACAGCCUCUCCUGGCAACUUCAGCGCCUCGGUGUUUCUCAUGGAUCUAGGGUCGCGCUAUGUUUCAAUCGAUCCAAGUGGGUGGUUGUUGCUAUGCUGGCAGUGCUCCGGGCAGGCGGUUGUUGCGUCCCCUUGGACCCAACACACCCUCGAGAAAGGAUCAGAGAUAUCGUACAUCGCACGAAUGCCUUGCGCCUUCUGACAGAUGGUACUCAUCAUGCUUCGCUUUCUCAAUGCGGGGCGCCCGUCCUGACGAUCCCGUUGCCAGAGAUGCCCAACGGCUCUUCAACCGAACAGAAUGACUCGCAUUCUCCCAGCCCAGACAGUGUUGCCUUCAUUAUGUUUACAUCUGGCAGCACUGGACGCCCCAAGGGGGCUGUCGUCAACCAUGGCAACAUCAGCACAGCCGUCCGGGAGCAUCAACAUUUGUUGAAUCUUGGUCCUAGCACUCGUGCAGCGCACCUGGCGUCCUACGCAUUCGAUGUUAGCCUCGCGGAGAUCCUCUAUCCCCUUGCCUCUGGUGGCUGCAUCUGUAUCCCUUCUGAGCAAGACAGGAUAGCCAAUCUGGCCCAUAACAUUUCCUUGUUCCGCAUAAACUGUGUUUUCAUGGUCCCCUCGGUGUUGAACGCGUUUCUCUCCCCUGACCAGGUUCCUGGUCUCCAAACCCUUAUCCUGGCCGGUGAACCAAUGUCUCGGAAGGUGAUGGAGACUUGGUCAGCAAGGGUUGCCCUGUUCAAUGCCUAUGGGCCGACCGAAUCGACUAUAUUUUGUGCUAUUGGACGGGUCCCUGAGUCGGGAUGGUUUCCGGGGACGAUUGGCCGGGCAGCUGGGUGUGUUGCAUGGAUCACGGAACCAGAUAACCCAUCACGUCUGAUGCCCAUUGGCACAGUAGGUGAGCUUCUGGUUGAAGGCCCUACUGUGACUGCCGGCUAUCUCGAUGAUCCGGCGGAGACUGCAACAGCCUAUAUAGAACCCCCCGCAUGGCGUGCGCAGUUUGGCGAGACCCCUGGUGGAAGCCGCUUGUAUCGUACGGGAGAUUUGGUGAAAUAUGAUGCGGAUGGAUUGAUCCAGUUUAUCAGUCGCGGGGACACCCAGGUGAAGAUCCGUGGCCAACGCAUUGAGCUGGCCGAAAUCGAGUAUCAUGCUACCGAGUGCUUCCCCCAUGUCUGUGAUGUUGUGGCCGAGGUGGUUCCCCAAGGCAACGGCGCAUCUGGUCCUAAUCUCAUUGGCUUUGUCGCUAUCACAGGAUCCCUGAUCGAUGAGGACAAUCAAAAACUGAUUCUACCACCCACUGACAAGUUCCGGGCCCAGGCACAAGAGGCCAUCACAGGGUUGAAACGCCGCCUCCCCCGCUACAUGGUUCCGUCGUCAUUCCUCCCCAUUGCCAUGGUGCCACGGUCGAUCAGUGGGAAGAUCAACCGGCGUUUGCUGCGUGCUGAAGCCGGGACUCUGACCAUGCAGGAUAUCCAGGGCUAUUCUAUGCCUCAUUCCCUGGCGAGGAGACAAGCCACAACCGAACCCGAACUAGCCCUGCGACGGCUCUGGGCUGAUGUGCUAGGAGUCCCCGUCGACGGUAUUCAUGCUGACGAUGGGUUCUUCCAUCUUGGUGGCGAUUCCGUGACAGCGAUGAAGUUGUCGAGCGCGGCACGAACGGCAGGGCUGGCCUUGCUCGUGGUGGAUGUCUUUGCACAUCCAAUACUGGCGGAUCUCGCGCAAACACUCGAGCGCUCUUCUCAGUCUGUGAUUCAAGAAAAUCUCCCAUAUACGCCGGGGUGUCUGGUCGGAGACACAGACGUCUGCUCGUUGGCAUCUAGGUUGGUCAGGUCGCCUGCAGCCUUUACCCCCACGAGCGUGGAGGAUGUGCUCCCUGCAACGGCCUUUCAGACGAGUUGCCUGGACGGGGAUAAUAUCAUGUAUAUCUGGCUACAAUUUUCCAACAAUGUCGAUCUUGACUGCCUGGAGCGUGCUUGUCAGGGGCUUGCGGAUCACCGCUCAAUCCUUCGGACUGCAUUUAUCUCUUCUCCCGAUGGAUACCUUCAGGUGGUUUUGGACAAGAUCAAUCUUCCCGCUGUCCAUCUGCACUGUCAGGGUGACAUCGAUGGGUUCAUGCAAUCCGUCUGCUGCAAGGACCGCACCGAGGCAACCGUUCUAGGUGCACCUCUGUUCAAGGUCUAUAUCAUCUCCCAACAUGGAUCUGGACCCCGGCUAGUGAUGAGACUGAGCCAUGCCCAAUACGACGGGACGUUCUUAGGCCAGCUCUUUCGGGACCUUUCUGCGGCAUAUGAUGAUCGUCCUCCUUCCCCCUCACCUCUCACAUUUUCCAGGUACUUGCAUUAUAGGCACUCUACCUCCCCUGCGGACAGGGGGCUCUUCUGGGCGACGUAUCUCCAAGGCUCGCAAAUGACAAACCUUACGCCGGCCGGGCCCAGUGUGCAGAAUUCCCGUUGUAUGGAGGUGCACCCUGCGGUUGCUCAGAGAGAGAUCCCCCUCCCAAUGACGCGAGAUGGGUUCACCGUGGCCUCUCUGUCACAAACCACGUGGGCAUACGUCCUCGCCCAGUUGACCGGAGAAAAGGACGUUGUCUUUGGAACCGUCCUCAAUGGCCGAGACUCCCCUUUCCCCCACAUGGACCAAGUGGCCGGUCCUUGCCUGGCAAUACUGCCUAUUAGAAUCAGCAUAAAUCCCACUUGGAAUACGGACCGGUUAGUGCGCCAUGUUCAGGACCAACAUGUCCAAAUCAUGCCGUAUGCCUCCACCGACUUGAGAGAUAUCCAACAGUCGGUCCCUGGCUAUGCGUCCGUCGCCAAAUUCGGCAGUACAUUCAACCACCUCAAAAGUGGCACCAUGGCACCUCCGCGUAUUGGUGGGGCGGACUGCCAAUGGGGCACCACCUGUGUCGAGGGAGCUGCUGCAUUCCUCCGGCCGUCGUCCAAUUUCUUGGUCCGAACCACGAAGCGGGAGGGUACACUACGGAUCUAUAUGUGCAGUUGGGAGAAAGGUAUUGGUCCGGAGGUGCUUGAAGACAUCGCUGAUAGGUUUGUUGAAAGCAUGAAAGUGGUUGCUGAUGACUAUCCGAGGGAAUUGUUUCUCUAA